AUGAAUAGGGAAAAAAAAACAGAAGCUAAUACCUCCUUGAAUAAAAAAAAUUCGGAAGUACAAUUUUUUACGCCUAAGUCAAAUUUAGCCAAUGAGUGUGUUAGCAGAAACGUAGCAUUCCACAAUUUGCACAAAUAUGUCAACAGAAAUGUUAUAGAAGAUCAGCUGAAAAAACGAAAAGGAACUUCUAAAAGUUCUGCUCCUGCGGUAAAAAGAAAAAAUAUCCCCUCAAAGGGAAAGCACAGAGAGUGCUCUAUUUUAAAUUAUAUAACAGGAUUUAAGAAUACGAACAAUAUUUUCCUUAAGAACGCCAAUACGGAUGGUGAAAAAAGGAAAGGAUCUAUCCCUCCUGAAGACGGUACACUUAAAAAAAUAAAGGAAAAGAUAUCAGAUGUAAAAAAAAAUAAAAGUUCCAAAAAGAGAAUUUUUUCCGAAAGCUCAACAAACAUAUUGAGGUACUUUAAAAAUGUCAACGUAAAUAACAAAGAAAUAACGAAACUUACUACUCAAUGUGAUACAGAUAAAAAUGCACAAAAUAGUUUAGGUGAUAAGACGGUUACAGAUGCUAAGAGCAAAUUUUAUGCCCAAGGGAAUAGUGAAAAGCAUGCUGAUGUACAUAAAAAUAUUUAUUAUGGAGAAAAUAAUGUGCACUCAGAAGAGUGGGAGAACCGAAAAAGGGUUAGGAGUGUAAAUUACGAGAACAAAAUAUCAGACGAAGGGAAAAUGCAAUACGAAUAUGUUAAAAAUAAUGCCAACGUAGAGUGUAACUACGAGGAAGACUUGCAAAUUGCUUAUCUAUAUUGUAGGAAAUAUUUCCUAUACCGUAAAAUGGAAUUCCUCAGCAAGCAUUUGUUUUACCGUAAGAAAAGCAUAAAAAAUUUUGUUUUUCUAAUUGAAGCCCUAUUCCUAAGAAAAAAAUACAUAGAUUUGUUGGACAUGCUGAAACGUUACAGGCGUUUGUGGAUAUUUUCUUACAAAGGUGUAAAGACAAAGGGAACAGCGGAAAAAAAGAAGAAUGCGCGGAACAAAAUCCAAAUGAAGGAUAUAUCAACGAAGGGAAAUAAUUGUAAAUGUGGGAAAAAAUAUACUAAAUUGAUUUGCCAUAAAUACAGAAAAAGUACAAUUUCUAAGGUAUCUGUGCGAAAGGUUCCAACACCCCCUACAGGGGAAAUUAGCAACGUGGAGCAUAGUAACCUUUGCAAUAUUGAACACAGCCAAGUACACAAAUUUAAAAGAAAAAAAAAAGCACACACAAACAAAAUGUAUACCAUGGAAAUGCUCUGUAAACAUAAAAAUAAUUAUGAAGUAAAUAACACCACUGGAAACAUCAGAAAUGGUGGAAAAGAAUAUAAAAGGAAAAAUUGCAAUAAAAUAUACUGCAUAUGCUAUGUCGCCUUUGUAAAAAUCAUGUCACUCAUCAAAAUGCAAAAUCAAAACUGCUUAAACAAAUGCGUGAAUUUUAUAAAAAAAAUAAGUAAAAAAUGUUUGCUAAAUAAGAAUGGCCAUUAUUUAACCCAUGGAGUUAUUCACGUGUACGAAUUAGCAGGUUUAUAUAAUUACUCUCUGAAGUAUUCAAUUCUCCUAUUCUUGAAGUUCCCUGUGUAUCCCCAAAUUAUUCUGAAGCUCUUCAGUUUUUCCAUUCUAAGCUUAAAAGAUGGAAUUUAUUUAAUUUUACUAGCCAAGUAUUGUAAGUGCAUUUCCUGGAUGAAAUAUUUCCUCCUCUUCAUUUUGUACUCGGUGAAUUACCAAUUUCGAAAUAAGAAGACCGUUAGUAAUUUUCUCUUCCUCCUUGGUCGUGUCACAAAGGGGAAAAAAAAGAUUGCCAGAAGGUGGAAAGCAAACAAUGUGGCAAUAAAAAGUGUCCACAACGAAAUGGGAGAAAAAAUAAAAAACAAGAAGUGCAUGCCUAGUAGAAAAAAUUCCAUGGAGGGGAUUGGCCAACUUACUUAUGACAGCGAAAGGAACGAUAGAGAUAAAUGUACCGAAUGGAUCGAAUACGGAGAGAGUGAAAAAAGAAAAUACGUUAACAUUUCACAAUAUUUAGAAAAACACUCGAUUAAGAAAAACAUGCACAAACAUAACCGGAACAACAAUGCACACAUUUGCACAAAAAUCACAUUGUACAACUCAUUAUACAGUAAGGUCACAUUGUACGAUACGUAUGUAUACAUUGCGAAAAAUAAAUUUUCAGAUUAUUUUCCAAAAUUUUUCCUAUAUUCCAAAUUACACAUAAUAAUAAAUAUCAAAAGGAGUUUUCAUGAACAGAAUUUUCCGAUGUGUUAUAGUUUAUGUAAAAUAUUAUUGAUGGAUCACAUGUAUGACCCAUCAGUAGUAGCUUUUUUUGUUAACUCUGCUUAUUUAUUGAAAAAAGUUAGCGCUAUAAAACGUUUGGCUCAAGAACUAAAAACAAGAAAUAGAAGAAUUUAUUUUCUCUUUUGUAAUGCAGCUUUGUUGUUACAUUUUAAGCAAAUCGAACGAGCUAUUCAAAUAUAUAAAUAUAUUGUGGACUCCUAUCAGAACAUUUUUUCUGAUCUCUAUUUUUAUUCCUUGUUUAAUUUAAUAUAUGCCCUACAAUUAACACAAAAAGCGCAUCAAAUUGUUAUUUUUUGUAAAAAUUUAAAUAAAUUAUUUUUUAAUAAUAUACAUUCCUAUAUAUUACUAUCAUACUACUAUCUUGUAAAUGACAUCCCCACCAAGUGUUACGCCUCCCUUAGGAAAGCUCAUCACAUAUAUCGAUAUCACCCUGAUACGUUUUAUCUUCUUUCUAUGCUCGCGCUACAGGCUAAAAGGUACGAAGAAUACUGCGCCUUUAGCGAACUAGCUCUUUUUUUCAGCUUAAGAAACCGAAAUCUCAGAAACUAUGUUUUUUCCAACAUUUAUGAGAAGCAGCAUGAGCACGUUCCCUCUUAUUUGUUAAGCUACCACUUGGAGAUAAUUGAUUCCAGCAAAAGUACAACUUUGCGCAUCAUCAAUUUAAUAUCCCUCCUGAAUUACGUUUACUUUGAAGGGUUAAUGAAAUCUUACAUUAUACUUCACUUUUGUUCGGCGAAAAGGUCCGAUGUAAACUAUCUCAUGCUAAGUAAAAAUCUGGGCAUCAUGGCUGCACAGUUUUUCCCAAACAAUUUAAGCCUAUUAUAUAUUUUGAAAUAUAUCGGUGACGCUAGACGAAGCGAGAAGAAGAAGGAAAAAAAAAAAAAAAGUCCGAAUUUUACAUUAAUGACCCUUUCUCGGUGA